UUUGAUGAGAAGAAAACACAAAGAGUUUUGUUACUUUGACCAGCUGUUUUUGUUCUCAUUAUAAAAUUGUGAAAAUCAGUAUGGAUCUAAAUUGAAUAGUGUCAUUUCUUGUUGAUAUAGUGACAUUUUGUGAACUGAAUGUGCAUAAAAAUAUUCUUUGAAAUUUUAUUUAGUGCUAUCACAAUCGAUUUGAACAUAGUGAAAUAUCAGUCGCGAUAAAUGGAUUGCGUUUUUAACGAUAUAUUACGUCUCAUUUAAUUUAUUCGAUCUAUAUAAAUUAAGACUAUCGAGCGAAUGUUCAGUUCGUUUCUUACACUAACCUUUUAUCAAUAUAGCUAAGCAGUGAGUGUCAGUGUCGCGUGUCGACCGUGUGUGCAUCAAGUGUGACGCUGAGAUUGGUACAAACAAUUGUGAUGUGUUUGUGAGGUGUUGGGUGCGGCGCAGUGGAUGCGAAGGCAGCGGUGUAGCGCUCGCCCUGGCAUGGUGCCGGGAAGGUAGCGCGCGCGGGCGGCCUGCGCAGGCCCCACACAAGCAGCCGCGUGUGUCCCCCAGCGUCGUCUAUGGCCGAGCAACACAUCACACCGUCGUCGCACUCUGCACUUACGAGAGAGUCCAGUGGGUCUUCUCCUAGCAGGGUGGUGGGCGGUCGGUGGUUGCGUCAGGUUCGUCAAGCGAAUCACAGUCGCCGAAAUAGACGUAACGUGACGUCGCCCCUGCCGCGCUCCACCAGCCGUCACUCUUCCAGCCGCCGCGCCGACGCUGAGCAGCAAGCUCCCCUUGAGCUGCGCAGGAGUUCGCGCCUCAUUAGUUCUCUACCUAGAUCUGAUUACUCCAUCACUGAACGCUGGUCUUACGGUGCCGACGUAUACGAAACACGCUGUGACACUACCAACUUCAAAGGUGGAGACAUCACUAAGUCUUCCACGAACAUAUAUCCGAAACGCGGACGAACUUCCUCGCAUGAAAGGAAGAAACGCAAGAGCUAUUCCAUAUCGAACAAUAGCACUGAAGAUUGCGUCGCCUAUUGUACGCGCUCACGGACUGCUCUUAAAUCUACUGAGAGUGCUUGUGAGCAAUUAACAAACAGUAUAAAACCACAAACAUUGUCGCAUACAGUUACUCAGAACGCUACAGUUACUUCGACUCAUCAUCUGCAGUUGAAUCAGUCGGAAGGAGGGUUACUACCAUUAGAAGACAGAGAUUUUGCUUACUCGCCAUUUAGUUCAUCAACUGUAACAGAACUUCUAGACUCUGACUACUCUGUGUACAGUCCGACGACUACCCGAAGGAAAGGGAAGAAAAGAAAGCGCUCAGCACAUCGCUCUUUAUCAAAUAAGAGAAGCAAUUUCCUGAUUAAUUUUGAGGAGUGUACCAAGAAAUUUAAAAUUGAUUCUCAUAAUAGAGAAGUAUCAGAAACAAACAAGGAAUUUACAGAAAACAAAGUUUUUGACUUGGAAACUGAGAAAUCGGAGCAUCCGUCAGCGUCGUUCACGUCGUGCACGUACCUGUUACGAAAUAGACACCAUCGUGACCUCGGACCACCUACCUCAACUAUUAUUAGUGAUCAUUCAGAACACCCGUCAACGAGUGACGCGGUACAUAAUAGCACAACAACAGAGCACAAAAGCGGCGCAGAUAGCCGCGGAAGGACUAGUACUCCUCCACCUUAUAAGGAUAUUGAAGAAGCAAGCUCAUCGAAAGGGCAUAGUUCAGCCAGCAAGCUUCUUAUAGUUCCACGCGACCUUCCCUAUUUACGUCAAACUAACGCGCGGAGAAGUAUCGCUGCUGCGACGGGGGCGACCCUGGGUGCUUGCCUGACGAGAGGAGCCAGCACUUCUCAGCGUCAGAGGCAGGAUACUGCUUCAAAAAGACAGACGGGCGGCAGCGAGGGCGCAGGCAGCAGCGCGGCGAGCGGCCGGCGGGCGCGAGCUCGCGACAUGCCGCAGCCGCAGCCAGCGUCCACGCGUCGAGACAAACGAGGCAAAAGCAGUCUGGGUUCUUGUGCCAGUACUGGUGGUGCGUCCAGCCGGUCCCACCCCCAGCCUCUAACCACGGGUGCCGUGGCAUCCACAUCUUCCACACCGCCGGCUUCUGCUUCGGCCGCUUCGAUGCCUGACAACGCGUCCAAUGACGCAAAACCUAAAGGCAAAGCGGAGGAGUGCGCCGGCGGAGGCGGCGGCGGCGGCGGUGGCGGAGGCAGCGGCAGCGGCGUCGCGAGCGCUGGCGGCACGUCAGCGACGGGCAGCGGCGCGGCGGCGGCGGCCGCGGAGGAGUCCUCCUCGGAGGAGGGCGAGGUGGGGCGGCUGCAGGCGCUGCUGGAGGCGCGCGGCCUGCCGCCACACCUGCUGGGCGCGCUCGGCCCGCGGAUGCAGCACCUGUUGCACAGAACCGUCACUGCUAACUCAGCCGCAUCUAAAGCUGCCCAGUUGUUAGCCGGACUACAAGCUACGGGCGACGAAGGCCAGCAGCUGCAAGCCGUGAUUGAGAUGUGCCAACUACUUGUAAUGGGCAAUGAGGACACACUUGCUGGCUUCCCUGUCAGGCAGGUGGUUCCAGCGCUUGUGAAUUUACUCGCUGCGGAACACAAUUUUGAUAUGAUGAACCAUGCGUGCCGCGCGCUGACGUAUAUGCUGGAGGCGCUGCCACGGAGCAGCGGCGCAGUAGUGCUGGCGGUGCCGGCCUUCCUCGACAAACUGCAGGCCAUCACCUGCAUGGACGUCGCCGAGCAGAGCCUCACCGCGCUCGACAUGCUCUCGCGCCGCCACUCCAAGGCGAUACUGCAGGCGCGCGGUGUAUCGGCCUGCUUGACAUACCUGGACUUCUUUUCGAUCAACGCACAGCGCGCCGCGCUCUCCAUCACUGCAAAUUGCUGCCAAAACCUCACACCAGAUGAGUUCCAUCUCGUUAGGGACUCGCUGCAACUGCUUGCUAACAGACUCACACAACAAGAUAAAAAGUCUGUGGAAUGUGUAUGUCUUGCGUUCUCUCGCCUAGUGGACAGUUUUCAACAUGAUCCCGCACGCCUACAGGAGAUUGCCACGCCAGAAUUGUUAACUAAUUUGCAACAACUACUGGUAGUACAGCCGCCCCUGAUCUCCGGCGCUACAUUCAUCACGGUACUGCGCCUGCUAUGGGUGAUGUGCGCGGCGUGCCCGCAGCUGGCGCUCGCGCUUCACCAGCGUUCUAUCGCUGACACGUUGCUUUGCCUCCUCACCGGCUCUACUCUGCACCAAGAGCAAGUGGAACUAUUACCGCGGUUACCCCAAGAACUAUACGAGAUCACGUGCCUGAUUGGCGAGCUGAUGCCGCGACUGCCGACUGACGGCAUCUUCGCGGUGGAUGCUCAUCUCGAUCGUCCUUGGUCCGCCGCUAACGACCGCACCGCUCACUGGCAGUGGCGCGAUGAUAGAGGUACAUGGCGAUCUUACUCGUGGGCUGAGAGUCGUGCACUGGAGGCAGGCGCUGCGGCGGGCGAAGAGGAAGUCUGCCUGUCGACAUUAGGCCGUUCAUAUACGGUGGAUCUGACUGCUAUGCAACAGCUUAAUGAUCAUACGGGUACCGCGCGCCCCGUGCAGCGUGUAGCGCCCGCGCCCUGCCCACCUGAUCAGUCAGGCUCCGCAUCCACUACUGCACCUGAUCCGCGCAUUGCGAUGGUUCGCUGCAACCCAUUACUGGCGCGCGCUCUGUUAGCCGUGCUGCAUGAAGUGUAUUGGAGUUCAGCCGGGCCUGCCGUUCGCUCACAAGCACUCAAGGCUAUUUUACGCUGCGUGUACUACGCUGAUGCGCCGCUACUGCGUCAAGUACUGAAAAUGCAGGUAAUAUCUUCACACAUCGCGGGCAUGAUGGCAUCGAGCGACCUCCGCAUCGUGGUAGGGUCGCUGCAGCUAGCUGAGAUUCUGAUGCAGCGGUUGCCAGAGGAGAUGAGCGCGCAAUUCCGGCGUGAAGGGGUCCUGCACCAGGUAGCACAGUUGGCUGAACGCGCGCCCGCUGUCGCCACCGCUACUACUGCCGCCGCCGCCCCACGUCAUUCCAAGCUUAAGUCACCAAGCGCCACCAGCGUGCGUUCAAGUGGCGGUUCAUCUCCGCCGGCAUCCACUUCGGCUACGUCUGUAGAUCACAACAAUUUGUCUAUGGCUUUCUCUGCAUCUGGUUCUUUUGUCGCUAGCUCGCUACCCACAGGCAGUGAGGGCAGUGGCUCUGAACCUGGCCAGCCGUCAUCCUCUACACACCCACAAAACUCCAGCUCAGUACACAGGUCGGGCAGUCCCCUGCAACUGACGGAGAUGCUGAAACGCAAGCGCGCCGUGAAGCGGUCGGGAGGCGCGGGAGGGCGCCACGCUCGCCGCCGUGACGACGCGCCGCCGCACGCCGCGCCACCGCACGCGCAUGCGCCGCACGGCGCCGCGCCGCCGCCGCACGCGCAGCCCGCUCCGCACGGAUCGGGCGCGACGUCGGCGGGGCGAUCGACAUCUCGAGCGGGCGGUGCGUCGAAGACGUCGUCGUUCCUGUCGUCGCUGAACCCGUCGCGCUGGGGACGCUCACCGCACGCCCACAAAGACAGCGCCUUGCUUGCCUCGCCGCACACGUCCGCCAACCUCACUGUACAGAACAAUGUAUACAGGGAGAAGGUGCGCGAGUGGAUCCAGUGGACGGCGUCGCGGCUGCAGCGCAAGUGGGGCGCGCUGGGCUCGGACGGCGGCGCGCUGCAGCAGCUGGCCGCGCUGGCCGCCGCGCUGCCGCACGCGCCGCUGCAGCGCGCCGCGCUCGACCAGCUGCGCGACACGCUGCUGCAGCACGACGUCUCGCCCUUCGAGGUGAAUCAUUCCGGAGUGCUGGGUGCCCUGCUCCAAUUCCUUACGGGCGGAGAACAGGACCCAGAGACUUCCAGCCAGGAGCAAGAAGGAGAAGGCGAAGGUCGAGAUUCCGCUGAACUAGUCGCUGCCUGCGAGCAGCGCCUUAGGCUCUUCCUACACGUCUUCGCAGAUAUGCCACUCUCAGCUGAUAGUGCGGAGUGGGGCGAGGAUGGCUCGCUGCCGCUGCUGGGCGGCGCGGGCGGCGGCGGCGCGCUGGCGGCGCUGGUGGCCAAGGUGAACGCGUGCGUGUCGCACCUCGAGCAGUUCCCGGUGCGCGUGCACGACCUGCCCGCGCGCCCCGCCACCUCCGCGCUCAAGUUCUUCAACACGCACCAGCUCAUGUGCGAUCUCAAACGUCAUCCAACAUGCACCAACCUGAAGCAAUGGAAAGGUGGUGUAGUGCGGAUAGACCCCCUAGCUUUAGUACAAGCCAUUGAGAGGUACCUGUCGCAGCGCGGCUACGCGACGGCACGGUCGCGUGAAGCGGGCGGUUCAGGUGUACAUUCGGACGACGACGCUGCCUCCGACGACGAAGUGGAAGACUCGCUGGCCACACCGCCGCACCACCACCCCACUGAUUCUGAACACAAAUUGGAAUUCCUAAUCGGAGACACAGUGUUGCCAUACAACAUGACCGUGUACCAGGCUGUGAGACAAUUUGGCGAGCAAACGGACGCCGAUACAGACACAGAGACGCCAUUAGCAAAUGCAGGAAUUUGGGUGCAAACGCAUACAAUAUACUACCGCGCUGUGGAGGCACCCGAACAGCCGCGUUCUGACACGGCCGCCUCGAGGAAAGGCAAGGGACAGCCCACGAAGCUUGCGUCUAGACGCAAACCAGAUUUACUAUGGAAUGAGGGCAUAGUGCCGCCGCGUGAGUCGCCGCUGGUGGUGAUCUUGCGGUCGCCGCUGCUGACGGGCAACGAGGUGAAGGAUGCAUCGCUGCCAGCGCUGGGCGUGCUGCGCGCGCUGCAUGCCCUCUCGCGGCACUGGCACACCCUUUACAACGCCGCCUGCCUGCCCGAUCACCGCCCGCUCGUGUCCAACGCCGACUUUAUUAACGCUAAGCUUGCUGCCAAAGCCAAUAGACAAUUACAAGACCCACUCGUCAUCAUGACCGGCAAUCUCCCGCCGUGGCUGAAAAAAGUCGCCUACGCAUGCCCGUUCGUGUUCCCGUUCGAGUGCCGGCACCUUUUGUUCUACGUGGUGUCGUUCGACCGCGACCGCGCCCUGCAGCGGCUGCUCGAAGCGGGCGGCGAGCGUGGCGGCGCCGGCGGUAUGGGCGGCGGCGCGGGCGGCGCUGACUCGGAACGAGUCGCGCCACGCCUCGACCGUCGCAAGCGCACCGUGCAGCGACACAACGUGCUGCGCCAGGCUGAGCAUGUCAUGCACGAGUUCGCACACUCGAAGGCCCUGCUCGAAAUACAGUACGAGAACGAGGUCGGCACCGGUCUCGGGCCCACCCUCGAGUUUUACGCGCUCGUGUCGCAAGAACUACAGCGCGCCGAUCUUGACCUGUGGCACGGCAGCGAGAACUUCAAACAGAAGCCGACCUCGUUCGCCGGGGAGAUAGUGAAGAGCCAGCCACCGGUGGUGACAGACCGCGCGGCGGACGCGGCGGCGCGACUCGCCUCCUCGGUCCGCGACGCGCUCAGUCUGGACGAGGAGCGCACGCCGGAGGCUUCGGACUUCGAGAAGGAGACGUCGAUCCCGUCGCCGGCGCCCGACGCCACCUACGUGUCGUGGCCCUGCGGCCUGUUCCCGCAAGCGAUCGGCCGCAACGCCCGCGCCUCGCACCUGUCCCGGGUCAAAGCCAAGUUCCGCUUCCUCGGGAAGUUCAUGGCCAAAGCGGUUAUGGAUUCGAGGAUGGUGGACAUCCCGCUGUCGGUGGCGAUGUACCGGUGGGCGGUGAGCGAGCAGCAGUGGCUGAGCCUGAGCGACGUGCGCAGCGUGGCGCCCGAGCUGUGGCGCUCGCUGUGCCGCCUGCGCCGCGUGGCCGAGCGCGCGCGCCUCAUCGCCGCCGACCCGCGCCACACGCCCGACCAGAAGAACCACAUGAUAAGUGCUCUGGAAUUGGAUGGAUGCCCAAUCGAGGAGCUCGGAUUGGACUUUAUCCUGCCGGGCGACGGCUGCACAGAGCUUCGCCGCGGUGGCCGAGAUCUCCCUGUCACUGCCCACAAUCUACAAAAUUAUAUUUCUCUCGUUUCACAUUGGUUACUUUAUGAAGGUGUGAGUAAACAAAUGUCGGCUUUCAAAGAAGGAUUUGAAUCAGUAUUUCCAUUAGCCAAUCUCAAAAUUUUCUACCCUGAAGAAUUGGAGCAGGUCUUCUGUGGAAGUCCAUCAGGUGGGCGUGAUCAACGCUGGGAGCCGCGCAUGCUGGCGGAAUGCAUCCGACCAGACCAUGGAUAUAACGCGGAAUCGCGUGCCAUCCGUAUGCUCAUUGAUAUACUUGCCUCGUACAACCGCGAAGAACAACGCCUCUUCCUUCAGUUUGUCACGGGCAGUCCACGCCUGCCUACUGGAGGUUUUAAGGCGUUGAACCCACCCCUGACCGUGGUACGCAAAUCGCUAGAAUCAUCGCUGGACCCUGACGAGUACCUACCGUCGGUGAUGACGUGUGUUAACUACCUCAAGCUGCCCGACUACAGCAGCGGCGAGGUGAUGCGCGCCAAGCUGCGCCUCGCCGCUUCCGAAGGGCAGCACUCCUUCCACCUGUCGUGAACACUACGCUACCUAACCGGCCCUCUAGCCUCAGCCUCGGCCUCGGCCACGGCCACUGUGAUCAUAUUAUCAACCCCUCACCUCUUGUAUACAUGUGUGAAUGCGGUUAGUGAUAACUAUAAUCCUUGUGUUAUACUAGCCGGCGCGACCUCGCUCCGGACUAUAUUAUUAAUGUGCAAUCAGAGUGAUUUAUUUACCUAAUGUGAGAGACACUAAGUGCUGUGCGUUCUUUAUUUUGUUUCUUUGGAUUCUUUUUAGAUUACAUAAAUAUGUUCAUAAUUAUAUUUUGUGUUAAUGUGAUAGCUCUGUAUAUUUCUUUGUUAGUUUAGACUCUCAGUGGGAUAAUAAUAUAUGAUUGAAGUGUGUGACGGAACCGUUUUAGCGAGACAUUUGAAGACGCUUCACGCUGAUUGUGUCUAACUGCGAACAACAAUACAACAUUAACACACUCACCACUAUUGUCUCGUUGUCGCAAUAUUACUACUACAUAAUUUUGAAGAAUGAUCGUUGCGUAUCUUCUAUGAGAGUCCUAUAAAAAAUAUAUAAUAGCAUUUAUUACCAAAUGGUGUAUGUUUUGAGUAACGUUUAAGUAUCAUUAAUGAUUAAAGAAAAAGUGCAAAAUUUAAUAUGUAACAAUUUCAAUAAAACCAUGUAAACAAUAUUGAUCAA